CUACUCAUCACCACACAUCAAUAUGCUUCUGCAGUGAACCAGACUUCUUAGCUCUCUGAUGCACUACCUAGUGCUAGCUAAUGCUAAGCUAGCUAUGCAACCUAAUAUCACACAGCCUAUGAAGCACAUAUGAUUUUAGGUUAUUAGGUUAAAGGGUCCAUAUGAAGAAUUAGGAACAUGUUGGCUUUGGUGUCCCCUGUAGUCAUUUCACAAAAGACACGGCGUCAGACAACAAUCCAGCCUUCUCCCUACUAAUUGUCAGCUGUUCACAUGUAUUGAUUGGUUGUUUGUUUUAGCUUCAGAUUCUGAAGUCCAGUGCUGUUUGCUGAUUGUACUGGCCAACAAACACACAGUCACAGGACACACUUCAGUGCACACACAGAGACCAAGACAGAUAAAGAGACAAUCAGAACUUUGCCAAAUAAGUUAAGUUAAGUUAUGUGUUUUGCAGUGUUGUGAGAGGACAUUUAGAAAAAACAGUUUGACCCAGAGAGGCUGACAGGAUGCAGGGAGUGGGGGGUCUGGUGUCUCUGCUGGUUUUGGGGUUGGCCUGGACCCUGCAAGCCAUCCCUGUGGUCCCAGAACCUCUUAUCCUCACACAGGAGAACUUUGACCUGGGUGGGGUGAGUAGCUGAAAUACAGGUUUUACUAUUUUAUUUAUCUAUUUUGUGAUGCCACUUGUCUUUCUUUAAUGGUCUGUUUUAAUCAGUCAAAGUAUUGCUCUCAAACCGUCAAAAUGCUCAUGUUUUCUAGCCAUAAUAUACUUUCAGCAGGGUUUAUUAAGGGACCCCUUUGUGUCCCUUGAUAAACCCUAAGCCUACUGUAAGUGCCUUUUGAAAAAUCAAUAUAAAAGUAUUAGGUUUAAUUACAGGUUUUGAGCUCCAUGUGCAAAUGCUUUGCAGUCCAGUACAUAUUUCUUUGUCCCUUGCAGUUCAUGGGGAGGUGGUAUGAGGUAGCAGUGGUUUCUACUUGUCCUCAUUAUUUGCAGCGCAAGAGUGGAAACCCCGUCAUUGUUGCACUGGAGCUGCAGCAUGAUGCCUCUGAGGGAAACUUCUCAGUGACGGCCACUAGUUUCAGGAAUGGCACAUGUAAGCGGACGUCCACAGAUUAUGGCUUGACCAACACUCCAGGACGAUUCUUCUACCACGUUGCAAGGUUCAGAGCAGAUGUUGAUUCCUUUGUGGUUCGUACCAACUAUGAUGAGUAUGCAGUGAUGCUUCAGCUGAGCACAGAGAAACCAUCAGCAAAUAAAACCACCAUCGUCAAGCUUUAUGGUCGAACUAUGAACGUGGCGGCUGCUGUGCUGGACGACUUCAAAGCGCUGGUCAGACAGCACGGAAUGAGUGACGACACUAUCAUCAUGAAUCAAAAUAAAGGUGAGUGUCUUCCAGGUGAGCAGGUGACAAAGCCUCAGAAUUUGCUUCCUAAGAGGUCCAAAAGAAAUGCGGUGUCACCUGCACAAGAGCAGGAUGCUGGUGAUAUUUGACCAGGGUGAGCGAUCACGUGGAAUAAGAGGAGGAGGAUCAUCACACAGUCAGCAGACUAUCAUGCUGUCACCAUUCAUGCACUGAGAGUGAAAAACAUUUUCCUCAGUGGAUAAAACAACACUGUACUGACCUCCUAUUGUU